GCGAUAUGUAGAGGGUGUAUUUAAUUAUAUUUAUAUCGACUGUUUCUUUGUAAUCGUCAUCAGGUUCGUUCUCAGUCCUACCAAGUAACACUUCUCGGGGGUCAUCUGUCACCGUCUCUUAAUACCAUAUAGACUCUUAAUACAUAUAAAUACAACGGCUUCCUAACUACUAAAUUAGACGUACAUAAUUGUUUCUGCGUAUGUAUGAUUCUCGUAUAAAUUACUAGACCGAUCCGAAAGCAAAUUAUCCUUAAACUGUAUGCCUACUGACUGCAAUUCAAUAACUUCCGAAUCGAAUAAGUACUUCGACUAUGUUGAUCCAGGAGUAUCGAGUGGUGAUGCCAUUAUCCGUUGCAGAAUACAAGCGAGCGCAGACGUACAUGGUGGCCAAACACUCCAACAACGAGACAGGUGAUGGCGAAGGGUUUGAGUUCACGGUGCGCGAGGCGUGCCAUGAUGAGGUUAGAGGGGACGGUAUCUACACAGAGAAGAAGGCUUAUCUGUCCGAUAAGCUGGGCCCGUGGCUGAAGCAGUUUGUGCCGAGUAUAUUCUUUGUGUGCGAGAAGGCCUGGAACUACUACCCGUAUACGCACACCGAAUACUAUUGCUCGUUCCUGCCCGUCUUCUCCAUCAAAAUUGACACCGUGUACAAGGACGACAACGGCAACUGCCCCAACGCACUGGGCAUCAGUGCCGAACAGUUGGCUGUGCGAGUGGUCGAUGUCAUCGAUGUGGCCGACCCCAACAACAUUCCCGCUGCAAAGAAGGGGUCGGUGGUGGAUCUGACUAAGUUCCAGUCGCAAAAGACGCGGAGAGGGCCGUUCAAGAAGGGCUGGGUGCAGCGCACUGAGCCAGUCAUGUGCUCGUACAAGUGCUGCACAGUGUCGUUCUCUGUGUGGGGCAUGUCAAACAUGGUGGAGUCGCAAGUGGCGAAGUCCAUCCAUGAUUUGCUGUCUGUUGUGCACGCUCAAGCCGUGGGAUGGAUAGAUGAAUGGAUUGAUUUGAGCGAAGAAGAGGUGCAAGCCUACGAAAAGGCAAUGCGGGAAGACAUGAACAAUAAAAUAGCGUCAACCGCUGCUUCGGCACAGGAAGCUGAACGAAAGGGAGAACUCAAGGGAGCGGUAGAUACUGUGCAAAGGAAUAGUAAGAACCUGGGACUAGGGGGCCAGGUGCUAAGCUCCUUGUCUGGUUCAAUAACAAAUCUGUCUGGGUCUCUGAGCACUUGGUGGGGCAAUGCAAAUAAAUAAAUGGAUUUUUCGAUGCAAACAAGGAA